ACCAAAUAUACAUAGAUUUUUUGGAAAAUGUCGACCGACGACACGGAACUAAAGGAAACAGCGAAUUUGGAGGCAGUCGAAGACGCUUCAUCAGAUAAAAAGACGACAGAAAACGAUGAAACACUCGAAAACAAAGAACAGCAACCACCGGCUGGUGCUUCGAACACCGUUAUUGAAGCAAAAUCUAAAAUUGAUGUGUUGUUAAAACCAGCUGGUGAUGCCCCAAUCAUGAAAAAGAAGAGAUGGGCUGUAGAAAGAAACAAGAGAGUGAGCUGGAUCAGUGAAUUCAUCAAGAAAUAUCUUAAGCUGGAUCCAAAGAAUCUAUGGUAUGAUGGUUUAUUUCUGUAUGUUCAUCAAUCCUUCGCCCCUUCACCAGACACCGAAAUAGGCACAGUAUUUGAUUGUUUUGGAAGUGAUGGCAAACUAGUGGUACACUACUGUAGGACGCAAGCUUGGGGAUAAUAUAGGCCUACACUACAUUGAUUACUAAGCAGGAAUUCCAAUUUGUGUUCUGUGUGGUUGAAUAUGAAUAACUACAGCUGGCUGUGAAAUAAGUAUGAAGCAUGCUUAACAAAUGACAUGGUGUUUUACUGAACAUGCCAUUCAUGUUUAAAUGUACUAAUGUUGAAUUAUUAUCACUGGAAAAAAAUUAUUUGUUUGGUUUUUAGCUCACCUGCCCAAAGGUCAAGUGAGCUUUUGCUCUGGUGUGGCAUCCGUCUGCGAUCUGAUGUCCACUUUUCCUUAAAACAACUCGGUAUCCAUUAAGCACAGAGACCUAAUAUUUGUCCUGUGGCAUGCUGUGGUGAAGGGCUACCAAGUUUAUUCAAAUAAAUGACCUUGGCCUACAUUCAAGGUCACAUGGGUUAAAUAAAUAUAGGCUAAAAUCUUUAAACAAUGAUUUCUGGAUAGCCAAGAGACUCCAAGACCUGAUAUUAUGCAAAUAGUAUGUUGGAAUGAAGGACUAGAAAAUUUAUUGACUUGAAUAAUUCUAGGAUACACUGAUGUUUAAUAUAAAGUGGUAAUCAGCUUAGAAUCUGCAGAAAUGACCUUUAUCAGCUUCAACGCUGCUGUAGAAUUAGGUGAGUGACACAGGCCUACUAGGCCUCUUAUAUCAUAAACCAUCACGUUAUCAAAUAAAUCAUGAAAUUUAAGAGGAAAUUACAUUUCUCUUUCUAGUGAAUUGCCUAAUGCAGAGCAAGCCAUUAUUUUUAAAGAUUUGUAUAAACGAGUGAAUGCAAUCUUUGAAGUAUUCAAACUGUCCAAUGAUCACAGAAAAGAUGCUUUUCAUCGGCUAAUGUUUAACUUAGUAAAUACAUGUAUAAAAGAGUGUCUAAUACCAAACAUUUAUUAGAAUAAAGUCAUGUAUAUGAAAAAUAACUUUAUAAUCCAUAUUAUCAAUGCAGAAAUUUUCUAUCAAUGGUAAUUAUUUAGUUCUUAAAAUGAUGAAGAUCAUUUGAUAUACCGUAUACAUGAACUGUUUGUGUUUGGUUUCAGCAGAAUCAUGUGUAUGUUUUUUUUACUGUGAUAUUAUUUAAGAGAGCAAGUUCUUUUUUGUUUGUAAAUGAGUGUUGAAAGAAAACGGAUGUGUUUUGUUGUUAGAUCAAGUUUAAUAAUUAUGAUGGAUAAGUCACAGGAAUCAAGUGCUAGACAAGUAUCUGUAUUGAACUUCAUGUUACAACAAUUAUGAAACAAGAUCUACAUUAACUUUUUAGCAAGCAAUCAUCAGAUGGAGGGCUAUUUUAUGGGAUAUGUCAGUAAACAAUCCUUUGUUAUUGUUUUUUCCUAGGAAGAGAUGGAAGGAUAUAUUUCUUCAAUUGCAUAUGUAGCUUUCCUUGGUCCCUAGUUGUGCUCAUUAAUUUUGAGUCUGAUCGGGAAAACAUGGCUGGCAUGACAGGUGACUAUCUUUGAUUUUGACAGAUGAAGUUUGUUUUUGAGUACUGUUUCUUGAGAAGUCCUGAAAGGAUAUUUCUCAAACUUCACAUGUAGAUUCCUCUUGGUCCCUAGUUGUGCCCAUUCAUUUUUUAGAGUGAUUGGGAAAACAAAAUGGCUGACAGACAACCAUUUUUUUAUUUUGACAGUUGAACUUUGUUAUCGCUGCUAGUAUUUCUUGAGAAACUACUGGUUCAUAAAAGAAAAAAAAUGAGGAAGAAGGGAAAAUAAUCUUUCUUACAUUGAACUUAUUCAGAGAGAGUGCAGGGGGUCUUAAUGUGAGAGGUACUCAAAUGACUUACUGUGUAUGAUUGUGUCUCAGAAAUUUACCAAACAAGAAUUAUUCGUAAUCAUGUCUUGCCUGUCCUGCUUUGUCAGCAUGGUAGGUUUUAAGUAAACUCCAAAAUUGACUAAACUUUCUGCAUUUUAACAACCCAAAGGACCUAAAUAUUGAGACAUUGUGAAAGAAAUAAGAAAUUUUUGCAAAAUCACCUAAAUAUGACAUUUCCCCCCUAAAAAUCACUAUUCCCUAAAACUGAAAAGGAAAUACAUCUGUUAUGCAUGUAUUACAGAAUGUGUUCCAGUUUGGCGAUAACUAAUUUGUAAGUGAAUUGUAAAAAUCAUGUCCAUACUACAAUGUAACUAUGCACCAGGUUUGGUUGGAAUAACACCGAUACUUUUUAAGAAACUGAACUGAACACAAAACUUCACUCUAGAUUCCCAGCAUUCCUAAUUUCCAGAGUCAAUGGACCAUAAGUUCUGAAUGUAUUCCAUAAAUGAAGGGUGUGUUCAGAUAUCCCCUACUGAUAUAACAGUACUAUUAUGCUUUUUGAGCAAUGGAUAGUAAAUGCAAAACUUUUAAGUAAGAUGUUGACAGAUAAGUGACACCAGUCUCUCCUCAAUGACUUUUCAUCACAGGCAAGACAGAAAAUAUACCUACCUGUUCUGAAGGUAAACGAAGAUUAUAACAUGAAUUUGUGGAAAUUGUGACCAUAAAUUCAUGAAACAAACAAAUGCAAAAGCAUAUGGCAUGCUGGAACCAUCUCACCUGUAAUGAAGUCACAAAGCGAGACUAUGGUGUUGCUUUUUCAGCAAUGAUGGCAGCGCUGUCAUAAUUGUAUUUAGAUCUGUUGCUCAAAAAUAUAAGUCCAACUGAAACCAAACUUGGUAUAUAGUUAGGUUAUAUAAUUGAUAUCUCAACACAGUCUUCCUUUAUGCAAUAUCAUACAGAAUUUCCAAAGUUAUUUCAAACAAACCCGGAAUAUAAUUGAAUUUUGCUUAAAACUGACAAUACUGACAAAGCAGGACAGAGGAGACAUGUAAUUAGAUGUGAUUUGUGUGUAACUAAUGCUUUAGCAUAUUGUCUACAAUGCAUUGUUGAUAUCAACAUUGUAUACAUGACAAGGGCAACAGGAUACCAGGGAAAAUCAUCCCCUUGAUGGCGGGGCAGAUCUCAGCCUCCCUACAUUCUUCUGACUGCUAAUUUAGUAACCAAUGAGAAUAAGAAGGCAAUUCUGAAUAAAUUUUCCAAUCCUGCAAACAAAUUAUGUUAAAGAUGCAUGGUCAUGUUGACAUUACAAUUACAGGGGAAAUGUCUCCCCUCGUUGUAAUGGAUAAUAUAGAUAUAGAGUGCUGUUGAAUAAUGUGAUUUUAGAAGUUAGUUUAUGCCACAAAAUAAUUAGUAGUAACACAAACAUAAUUCAUUAAUUAUUGUGUAUUUCUUUCAUGAUUUAAGAAAGAAAGGGAGAUAAUUUGAUAAAUACAUUUAGUUAUAGUUCAGAACAAAAUAUAAAAAAAAAAAGUUACUUUUGUAUCCAUUAGACCAUUUUGAGUUACAUUUUGUCUUGGACUCAACAAAAUCAUAUUUUAUUCAAGUCUUUUAAAUAAAAAUUUAAUCCUUCAGAUUUAUUAAAAAAAUAUAUUGCAUCAAUUUUACUUCUAAAAAUGUUAAACUUGACUGGUCUACUGAAUGUCCUGUUCAAUUACAAGUUAUUUAUGGCAGUUACAUGUAAACUAGUUGGUGUGAUAAUUUUGACCUGUCUGUAAAGGCAACCUGUCUAUAGUGACUGUUUUUCUUCCUCCCCUUGGGCGGUCUUUAUAGACAGGUUUGACUGUAAAUUCUAGGUUCAUAUAUGUAUAUUGUACUCGCAUCACUUUUCACUUUGUAGAAUAAGUUAAAAAGAUUUUGCCAUGAGUUACCUAUACUUGUGAUACAUGUGGCCCACAAAGUAUCACACACUAAAUAAUGAAUGAUCAAUAAAAUAGUGUAUUGUUUAUGCUUGAUAAUUAUGUAUCUGUAUCUGUACUGUGUGUUAAAGAAGUGUAAAAAGCUUAUACGUGUAAAUGGAAAGUUGAACAGUUAGCAUAUGAGAGGUGAGGAAAGUAACAGUAUCUGUAUGUCAGAGAUUGGUAAUUACAGUUGUAGGAGAGAGAAAAUGGAACUGAAAAUAAUGCAAUAAAAGAACAAAUGAAUUAAAAUUUGC